AAAAAAAGAAAAAACAUAUUAAUACGUUAUAUGAUAGGUUCGAAUUCUUCCCUUUGAAUACUUUAAUACAUCAUCCAAAAAUGAAGAGGGAGAAACAAAGGGCUAUAAAAACGUAGCAAGCCUUUGUGUUGUAUUGUAUUGUAUUGAAUUGUAUUGGUUUUAAUGUGUGUGUGUGUGUGUUGUUGUUGUGGUAGUGAGAAUGAGCAGCGGAAGGAGGCGAUUGAGGGCUUUCAAGCGGUGGAUGGCAUCGCAAGGGAUCGAAUGCAGCGACGCCGUCCACCUCACUGAGAUUCCCCACUACCAGGGUGGUGGUGGUGGUGGUGGUUUUGCUGUCAAAGCUCUAUGCUCUCUUCGCAAUGGCGACUUGGUCGCCAGGAUUCCCAAGCUCUCCUGCCUCACCAUCAGGACCUCGGCUGCCUCUCAGCUCAUCCAACACGCCUCUUUGGAUGGCUCUCUGGCUCUGGCUCUGGCUAUCAUGUACGAGAGGAGCUUGCGGCACCUCUCUUCUUGGGCCUCCUAUCUUCACCUCUUGCCUCACCACGAGUCCUUGCCCUUGGUCUGGUCCAUGGAUGAAGUGGACUCCCUUCUAUGUGGCACCGAGCUCCACAAGACUGUGAAGGAAGACAAAGCUCUUAUCGUUGAAGAUUGGAAAGAGAGCAUUCUCCCUCUUUUGGAUUCAGCGCCCUUUAAGCUUGACCCCAGCUUUUUCAGUGUUGAAGAAUACUUUGCUGCCAGAACCCUCAUUGCUUCUAGAUCUUUUGAGAUUGAUAGCUACCAUGGAUUUGGAAUGGUUCCUUUGGCGGACCUCUUCAAUCAUAAGACUGGAGCUGAAGACGUUCAUUUCACCUCUGUAUCUUCUCAAUCUGAACUAGUUGAUGAGGCUCAAUCUGGACCAGACAAUGAGGCACACUGCAGCAAAACUAUUGAGUCUGAUAGUGCUGUUAAUGAUGAGCCAACAACUCUAAUUCCUCCUGUAGAUAAUACUGGAUCGGACACUGAUGUCAUUGGAAGGAAUUCUUGUAGUGAUGAUGAGCCGGAGUGCCAUUCAGUUUUGGAUGAAGGUUCUGCAGCAUUGGAGAUGAUUAUGGUGAAAGAUGUUGAAGCUGGAAAUGAGGUCUUCAAUACUUAUGGUUCAUCGGGUAAUGCUGCAUUGCUUCACAGAUAUGGAUUUACAGAGCCAGAUAAUCCAUUUGACAUUGUUAAUAUUGAUUUGGAACUGGUGCUUCAGUGGAGCUCAUCAUUGUUUUCUAGCCGAUAUAGUAGAGCUAGGCUGUCCCUUUUUAGAAGAUUGGAUUACUCCGCAUGUGUCAGUGAGAACUCUGAAUAUUUUGAGAUUUCAUCUGAUGGAGAACCCCAAAUUGAGUUGCUGAUUUUGUUAUACAUUAUGUUGUUACCGGAGGAUGCAUAUUGUAAAUUGGAUAUCACAGUAUCAACAGCAGGAAAUGUUAAUGGAUCCAUGGGCAUGCUUCUGUUAGACAAAAGUGAUAUAUUGUGCAAAGAGACUUCAAAAAUGACCCAAAUGAACAAGGAUUUAUUGCUGACAAAAGAUGUUUGUAAAGCUCUUUUAUCGCUUGCAGAUAUCAGAGAGGGUCUUUAUGGUCCAAAUUCGAUUAAAGAUGAUGCUGAAGCACUGGCAAGGUGUUGUCGUGUAAGAGAGAGGAAGUUGUACCAUUCUUUGGUGCUUCGAGUCAGUGAGAGGAGGAUCCUUGAGAAGCUGAGAACUUAUGCCACUCUUGGGGCUCGGUUGAGAAAUGCUAAGGGAUGCUCCAUGAGAAAGAAGUUGAAAAGGACUUGAAAUAUAGAGCUCUGUCAGAAUAUAAAGUGUCAUCCAUGGUCCUUCAUCCACACUGCAUGUUUCAUUUCUGCUUUCAUUUUAAGCAAGCAAUGCUGCGGCUGAGUUUUCUGAUAUUAUGUAACCUUGAUCGGUAGGCAGGCACUGACUUGAUUACUUUUGAGUUCUAGAUGAAUCAAUUUUUGCCAGAUUUAAACCAGACUUGACAUUUGUGUUGUAGCUGGAACGAAAUCCUUAAUGUUUAGUUUGCUAUGUUGGUGAUUUUUAUUUUAUUUUAUUUUAUUUUUUCUAUGAAGAACAUAACCUUUUUAAUGCAGUUUGAGUAUACCAUUGUAACC